GGCCGGUAAGUUGAACAAACCAUUCAGAGCGACUGGCAAGUCUGUCAUGCAAGUGACACGCAGAAGCCGAUCGAGCAAGAGCUCAUGCCUUAGACUGCGUUGAGCCUAGUCCCCGCGUUUAGAUAAUUCCGAUUUGAACGAAAAAAAAGCGGUAUUGGAUUCAUGCUUCCUGUUGUUGCCACCCCUUUCAUAUAAAAACUGGUGGGUUCCACAUCAAGGGGGUUCGGAGACACUCUCAACAUUCCCGCUACACGUGGUUGUCUGCUGAAGAUCGACAUUCCUCACGAAAUCAGAUAUAUGAGCCGUCGUCCCGCGUGCUAGGGAUAACACAAGCUCGUGCUUCUUCAUCGUGUUGUGCUCCAGUGAGACAGAUAUCCGGUCUUCGUUUCGUUACAGCCGCGGCUGUCGAACCUUCACCAUGCGUUUUGGCACCCUUCUGCUGGCUGUUGCCGGCUUAGCAUCUGCUGUCGAUGCAUAUUGGAUGGGGGACAUUGCUCAUCGUGGUUAUGCACCCUUCGCCCCCUCUGGAUACCCAGUCUUUCGAAAUGUCAAGGAUUAUGGAGCAAAGGGAGAUGGUGUUACGGACGAUACUAAUGCUAUCAAUGCCGCCAUCACUGCCGGAAAUCCUUGCAACCAGGGCUGUACCUCAAGCACCACGACCCCAGCCGUUGUCUACUUUCCUGCCGGAACGUACCUCAUCUCCGGGUCCAUCAAACCAGCAUACUUCACUCAGCUGAUUGGAGAUGCGAGUUCCCCGCCAACACUCAAGGCCACGGCCAACUUUGCUGGUUUUGGUCUCAUCGAUGCGAAUCCCUAUUACACUCAAAACCUGAACUGGAAGGCUGUAAACGUAUUCUUCCGCCAAAUCCGCAACUUUGUUAUCGAUACCAGGAAUAUCCCUCCUGCCACUGCCGCGACUGGUAUUCACUGGCCAACUUCACAGGCGACAAGUCUGCAGAACAUCGUCUUCAACAUGCCAACGGUAUCCAAUGUCGUCCAUGUUGGUUUGUUCAUGGAGGAAGGCAGCGGUGGUUUUGUCACAGACUUGACCUUCAAUGGCGGUGCCACUGGUGCUUCAAUGGGUAAUCAGCAGUUUACAAUGAGGAACUUGAAGUUCAACAACUGCAAGACAGCCAUCUAUCACCUCUGGGACUGGGGCUGGACUUAUUCCGGCCUAUCCAUCAACAACUGCGGCAUCGGCAUCGACAUCACCGCCGGCAGCGGCAAGAUAGAAACCGGCUCCAUCACCGUCUUCGACAGUUCUUUCACCAACACCCCCGUCGCCAUCUCCACGAGGUGGACCACCACCAGCACUCCCGACACCGCCGGCACUCUCGUCCUCGAGAACAUCGCCCUCACCAACGUCCCCAUCGCCGUCAAGGGUCCUCAGGGCACCUACCUCUCCGGCUCCACCGGCUCAACCACCAUCACCGCCUGGGGCAACGGCCACAAAUACACCCCCUCGGGCCCCGUCGAGUUCGCCGGCGCCGUGACCCCCAACCCGCGCCCCGCCAGCCUCCUCGCCUCCAACGGGCGCUACUACACGCGCUCCAAGCCUCAAUACGAGACCCUCUCCGCCUCACAAUUCAUCUCCGUCCGCGCCUCGGGCGCCAAGGGCGACGCGGCAACCGACGACACCGCCGCCGUGCAAAACGCCAUCAACACCGCCGUCGCCCAGGGCAAAGUGCUCUACCUCGACUACGGGCUGUACCGCGUCACCUCGACGAUCCUCAUCCCGCCGGGGGCCAAGAUCGUCGGCGAGUCCUACGCCACCAUCUUGUCGGCCGACAGCUUCUUCAACGACAUGAACAACCCGAAGCCAGUCCUACAAGUGGGGAGCUACAGCGGACAGGCGGGCACCGUGGAGCUGAGCGACUUUAUCGUUUCCACGCAGAACGCACAGGCGGGCGCGGUGCUGAUCGAGUGGAACUUGGCCAGUCCGGCGAGCAGCCCCAGCGGAAUGUGGGAUGUGCAUACGAGGAUUGGAGGGUUUGUGGGUAGUCAGCAGCAGGUUGGGCAGUGUCUGAAGACGCCGGGGAACCCGACGGUGAGGCAGGGGUGUAUCGUGGCGUUUAUGGCGAUGCAUGUCACCAAGGGGGCGAGCGGGUUGUAUAUGGAGAAUGUUUGGUUGUGGACCGCCGACCAUGAUAUUGAUGACGCGGCGAAUACGCAGAUUACUCUUUACAGCGGGCGUGGUCUUUACAUCGAAUCCACCACCGGAACCUUCUGGCUCUACGGCACCGGAUCCGAGCACCACGUCCUCUACCAAUACCAGCUCUCCUCCACCCAAAACAUCUUCAUGGGCAUGAUCCAGACCGAAACACCUUAUUUCCAGCCCACCCCCAACGCAUUGGUCCCCUUCCCCGCGGUCUCCUCCCUCAACGACCCCAACUUCUCUUCUUCCUGUGCGGGAGUAUCAGGAAACUGCGCAGCAGCCUGGGGUUUGAGGGUGCUCAACUCCAAGAAUAUAUUGGUGUAUGGAGCGGGCUUGUAUUCGUUUUUCAGCGAUUACAGUACUACUUGCUCGACGUUUGCGGCGGGGCAGACGUGUCAGAGUAGGAUUGCGAGCAUUGAGGGAAGCGCUUCGAAUGUGAAUAUUUAUGGGUUGAAUACGAUUGGGGCGCAGAGUAUGUUGACGAGGAAUGGGGUCAGUGUGGCGUGGUACGCGGAUAAUGUGAAUAAUUUCCCGAGUACGGUGGGGGUUUAUAAGAGUGGGUGAAUGGGCGUGAAGGAGGAAUGGGGAGUUUGUGAGGAUGGAUUGGGUUUGCCUGGGGAAGGAGUAAGUCCCUGUGAGUGAGUGGUAUUAAAGAGUUUCGCAGUCCGCGUUGGACUACUUUUAGGCUGGGACAUUUGGAGGAUUAGGUUAUACAUAUCAAAUUGUUCUUGAUUACCGGACCGGUGGCAUCUCCCUGAUUUCUGGUUUCAAACCAACUCACU